UGUCUGAAUUUAUUUUCUUUAUCACAAAAAUCAAUCCCUAUGGAUUCGAUCCUGUAAGAUACUACAACACCUGUAUACUUGCAGGUAAAACUGCACUAAAUUUUUAAUUCAUUAAUUUGAGUCAAAAUUUAGGCGCAACAUGUAGCAUAUUCUUCUAGUUACCUUAUUGGUCAACACUUCAACUUUAGCAUAAUUUAGAUGUUAUGCAUAUUGAGAAUAAUAUUACCGAAAACAUCUUAUUCACUUUAAUGAACACUCCAGGAAAAACUAAAGAUAAUAUAAAUUCAAGGCAUGAGUUGGAGAUAUUGGGCUAUAGAAAAUAAUUACAUUUGAGGCAUGAGGGUGAUCAUGUAACCAGGCCUGGGCUCCGACUCCGACGGAGUCGGAAUUGCCAUUUCCGACCUCCGACUCCGACUGGAGUCGGAACCGGAAGUUCACUCCGACUCCGACUCCGACGAGGAGUCGGAGUUCGACUCCGAUCAGAGUUCGGAGUUAGGAACUCCGAUCGGAAUUCCGAUGGCUUCCGAAGAUCACCGUCCCAAAAAUCCCUUGAAGAUCACCGUCCCAUACCGCCUUCCAACUAGACGGCGUUAAUGGGACAUCCGUGGAAGAAGUACCGGUCGUAUCCUUCGAUUCCGUCGACCUCUCCUUCUUGACAACCACUACCUUCACUUCCUCCUCCUCACGACGUCGUUUUCUCUCCUUCCGUCGACCUCUCCUUCCGUCGUUUUCUCUCCUUCCGUCAACCUCUCCUUCCGUCGACCUCUCCUUCUUGCAUCCGGCUGGUGUUUGGCGUUGCUUUUGCUCGGAAGCGAGAUCUCCAGCGAGGGUUGAUUGGGAGGACGAGAUCGAAGUAGGGGUGACGUUCUCCUAUUAAAAACGGCGUCGUUUAAGGUUUUCCUAAAAAAAAUAGUUGCAAAAUGUGUAAUGGUGCAUGAGGGGAUUCGAACACAGGAUCCGGAGAAACAAAACCGAGCCUCAACCAUUGAGCUACCUGACUACAUAAUAUUCAUAAUACAAUAUAUAAUAUAUAAGGUAUAAAUAGUCGGAGUUCGGAGUCGGAGUUCGGAGUCAACAAGGCCUCCGGACUCCGAUUCCGACUCCGACUAUGAGAGUCGGAGUAACUCCGACUCCGACUCCGAAUUCCGAGAACUCCAACUCCGUCGGAGUCGAAUUCAGAGCGGAAUUCGGAACGGAGUCGGAAAUCUCAGAAAUUUGCACAGCCCUACAUGUAACAAUGCCACAUGCACUGUACGCAUUACACGGAGAUGAAAGGCAUAAAUUUUGUGAGUGGUUGUCUGAUAUCAAAUUUCCAGAUGGGUUCUCUUUCAAUAUCUCGAAUUGUGUUUCUCUACGUAAUUGAAAAAUCGCCGGGUUAAAAAGCCACGAUUAUCAUGUUUUCCUUCAAAGACUACUCCCAAUUGCUGCUGGGGGGUUUCUAAGAAAUGACAUUGCCUUGGCUUUGACUGAACUUAGCACAUUCUUCAAAGAGUUGGGUGCUCGAACACUGGAUGUGAAUCGCCUAUCUCAGCUCCAAACUGAUAUUGUCACCAUUCUAUGCAAACUGGAGAUGAUAUUCCCUCCCUCAUUUUUCGAUGUCAUGGUCCACAUAGCUGUCCAUUUGCCUCGUGAGGCCAUACUUGGGGGUCCAGUACAAUAUAGAUGGAUGUACCCAUUUGAGAGAUACCUUGAAAAAUUCAAACGGUAUGUUAAGAAUAAAGCCCGACCAGAAGGUUCAAUAGCCGAGGCCUACAUUCACACCGAAUGCCUAACUUUUUGCUCUAUAUACCUAAAAGAUGUUGAGACGAAGUUCAAUCGAGCAGACCGCAACGUUGAUGCUGACGAAGAGGAGACUAUAGAUGGAUUCAGAAUUUCAAUCAGAAAGUUCGUCCCUUGGGUUCAGCUUCUAAUGUGCAAUUAGAAGAUAAACUCUUUAAAGCAGCCAUUUGGUAUGUGCUCAACAAUUGUCAGGAGAUUGGACCAUAUAUACAGUAAUCAUCAAAGAGUUUACUUUAAAAUCUACUUCCAUUCAAACUUAACAAGUUAUUAUAUAUGCAAUGCCCAUAACAUCAAAUAUUUUGCUUGGCAAUUCUGUGCACCAAAUGUAGGGAACACUACGAGAUAUGUAAGGUGCAAAAUCCAAAUUGCAUCGAUCGCAUGCAUCAAACUGACUUUCCAACUUGGUUCAAGCACCGUAUCCAGGAACAUCGUACCAAGCAUCCACUUGAUGUGUCCGCUGAUCUGUAUGCGUUAGCUUGCGGGCCUGACCGUUGGGUUGCAUCAUAUGAUGCUUGCAUAAUAAAUGGAAAAAUGUUUCAUACGAGACAGCAUGAACUUUGUCGGCGUACAGAAGAUCUGGGGUGUUGGUAACUGGGAACAAGGCCACAAAUAACGCAGACUUUUACGGUGUUAUUAAUAAUAUCAUAGUGUUACGCUACAUAGAGUGGCAUCGGGUAUACCUAUUUGAAUGUGAUUGGUUUGAUGUUGGUGAUCAAAAAUGAGGGGUGUGGGUGGAUGACCAUAUGAUUAGUGUCAACAUGAAUAGGACUUGGUAUAAAGGUGAACCAUUCGUGUUGGCGAGUCAGGCUGAUCAAUGUUUCUACAUAAGAGAUUUAAGGGCGAAAGGGAAUUGGAGUGUUGUGCAAACCUAUACAAAUAGGAAUGUAUAUAACAUUCCGUCGGUGUCGAGGAAUCUGGAAGAUAUUAAUGAUGGCGAGCCAAGUACUGAUGAGGCCGAUCAAGAAAAUGAGUCUUCUGAUUACUAUGAACCAGUGCAGUGUGGUAAUGCAGAUCCAGUGUCAACUCCACUGGAUAGGCUUGAUAUACCACCUAGUCAUAUUGAUGCACAAGAAGUCAUGGAUGUGGAUGGUCAAUGCAUAGAUUCAACAGGCUUUAUUAAUGAUGCCAUGAUUUCUUCUGGUUCCGGAGAUGCGUAUAGUGAGGGGGAAUAUUCAGAUGAAGAGGACUUAUCAACAGACGAAGAGUCUGUGUCAGAUUUAUAAUGAACACUCCAAAAACUUCGUCUACUUAAGGUGAGGGUAAAACAAUACUGCGUUGCUUUAUAGUAGUCGUUGCACAGACAGAUUUGGGAGGGGAUUUGCUUUCUCUGAUAUCAAUAUAUUUAUCAUGCAAUCCCAUCUUCAAGCUGGAGGCAUGAGCGGCACGGUUAAUUACAAAGGUGACUGAGCAGGACCCAGUACUAAGGGCAGAGGGAGACUCCGGGGUUUUCGUGGGAGGCGGCAUGUACCGUACUCGGCCCGCCACAACCGUCCUCGGGGAGCGAAGAUCUCCUCAUAUCACAAUCCUGAGGAGUGUAAUCAAUCAUCCUCAGAUGACUCCACACAGCCGCCCAAGCCCGCCACCAUCCACCAACCCAAUUCCCACGCCAGCGCCUGUUUGAGAACCCUCACCAGUGCGGGCACAAUCACCUAUUAGAGACCACACAAGAAUGGAAGACCCCAGUGUACCACAAACUGGAGCGGACACCCCCACAGAGCCCGUUGUAGAGCAGGAACAGAGAAAAUGAAUUCAUGGGCCCGCUCGAUGCAUCAAGUUUGACAAGGCAAGGAAGCAUGGGAAAGUGCUUUUAAAGAUAAACGAGGGUAAGACAGCACCAUGUUGUGAGCACGCUUCUAUGUUCACGACACGGGUAUCAUGGAUUAUUAAACAAUAUUGUGACAUGAGUUAUGCGCGAUGGACGGAUGUUCCGCAAGCUAUGAAGGAGGAGCUCAUUGACCGUGUUCGGUCUGACUUCGUGUUUGAUUGGGAGCGUGAAAACCACCGAUUGACGGUGACAAAGGCACUUCGUAAGCGCUUCAACUCCUUCCAUCAUGACUUGCACAAGAUUUAUGAAUCAUUUGGAAGCCAUGAAGAAGCUUUGGCUAAUGGGAAAAGCUUGGUGGACCCCCUUGUAUGGGUAAAGUUGUGUGGUAGAUUGGGCAGUGAUGCCUUUAAGAAAAUUUCUUCUCAAAACCAAGCGAACCGAAAGAAGCAGGCAAUUAAUCACACAUCAGGACGUAAAUCAUUCAUCCGAAUACUUGAGCAAAAGCGUGAUGAGAACGGAAAUUUGGUUGACUUCUAUAAGGAGACGCGCUGGUCGAAGAAGAAGAACAAGUUUGUGACAGAUGCUACAGAAGAUACUUACAAAAAGAUGCAAGGUAGGUUGGAUGGCCUAGAACCAGAGCAACGUAAUGAUGAGGCAGCAGCGACUGUCUUUAGGGAGGUCCUGGGCCAUCGACCUGGAUAUGCGCGAGGACUCAGGGAGAUGGUCAUCCCCGAGUCAAGUAGACAGUGUGACCAAGUUAAAAUGCAAUGCUACAUGUCUAAGAUUGAAAGACACAAGAAAGAUGCUGAACAACAUAAGAAAGAUUCUGGAGAGUAUAAGAGUCAGCUGGAUGAAAUGAGAUUAGAGAUGCGGGCUCUUAGGGAGCAUCAGAUUCAGACUGACAGAUUGCUUCAGGCAUUCUUUAAGGAUCAUUUGGCAUUCACUGAGUCAUUAAUUGAUCUACCGCUACCAUGAAAUGAGAUUAGAGAUGCGGGCUCUUAGGGAGCAUCAGAUUCAGACUGACAGAUUGCUUCAGGCAUUCUUUAAGGAUCAUUUGACAUUCACUGAGUCAUUAAUUGAUAUACCGCUACCACUUGUCUAGUAGAACUAUUAAUACAUUGUUGAUGGAAGCAGCUAUUCUCAUUAGUGCAAUAGUGGAUAUUUGCUCAAUAUCCAAUAUUUAACCAAACGAAUUUCUUACUCAUCAAGGGGCCCAGUGCUGCGACCCCAAAUGCAUGAAUUUGUUGGGGAAGAGAAGAAUGAUGAUGCUAGGGUGCAGUGUUCUCUACAACUGGAAAAGGCAUCAGACAAAAAGGGGUGGUUUGAUAUUCACAACAGUGAUAUGGCCAAGCUUGGGCUGAUCAUGAGCUGUGCAACCAGUACCAAUUUUCACGCAUCAUGUUCGCCACCUUUCUUGAUCAAGAGUGAUAUGUCGAACUGUGGGUGCCAGUGAAUGAAAAGUCCCACAGUAAUAGAGAUAACCAAAAUUGGUAGCCCUUGGCUACCAUUAUAAUAGAGUAUAGUAAAUUAGUAGGUAAUGGUGAUGUUUUGUAUAUUAUAUAAAAAUUAGCUCAGCUUGUACUUGAUAUGACUCGACAUAGUGCACCACCCAGUGAGAAAUUAUAUAUAGGAGGAAAGCAUGGUUGAAUUGACGCUCGAUCGAUGCAAUUGAAUUGUUUAGAACAGAUAUAUUUGUGUAUGUAUGGAUCGUUAGUUGAUAAUGUCAAUCAGGUACAUUCGGAUUAA